AUGGCGACUCUUGGCGCCGCACCAGCGGCUCAACGUCGGCCGUCCCCCCUCUCCGACACCGCACGCUCAUCACACGGCAUGUCGAUGGAUAACCUCCUCCAGAGAGCACCUGCUGCUCUCGCUCAGCGACAUGCGUAUGGCAUUGACACCUCGGUGUAUUCCCCGCCUCAGACUCCCGCCAGCGCCGUGUCCGAGAUGAGCACAACGCCAACAACGCCCCACGGACAUCCCCUCUCUGGACCGUUCUCACACCUGUACGGCCCACAGCGGACGCAGGCGACUCCUGUACCUGUGCUCGCCAUCAUCCCCCUCUGCAUCGCGCGCGUGGCUGAGGGCCUCAUAUUUGCCGUCAUCUUCCCUUACAUCAACGAGAUGAUGCAUGACUUUGGCGUCCCCGAGGAGCAGGUCGGCAUCUGGUCGGCCACUGCCGAAUCGGUCCUCAUGGUCACUGAAUCCAUCGCCGCACCGCUGUAUGCCCCGCUUGCGGAUCGUUUUGGACGGCGCACAGUCUUCGUCCCCCUGGUGGGGCUGUGGGGGGUUUCCGCCCUUAUCUUCGGCUUUGCGCAUUCGCCGUGGAGCACAGUCGUUCUGCGCGGAGCUUUGGGUCUGCUUGCUGGCGCAGGUGUCAUUUCGCGGACCAUGUGCGGCGAGCUUUGCGAUAAGAGCAACCGUAUCAAAGGCUUUGCUCUCUUCUCCCCCGCGUUCACCAUUGGUGUGACCAUUGCGCCUCUUGUCGGCGGCUUCCUUUCGCGUCCAGUCCCCCGCCUCCUCUCCGAGUCGUGGACCCUGUUUGCCGACUGGCCUUACCUUCUUCCGUCACUUGUAACAGCUGUUGUCGGCGGGAUUGCUUCCUUCCUUGCGUACUUGUGGCUCCCAGAGACUCUCCCACCUCGGUUACGCAACACCAGUGCCCACCGGUACGAGGCCGAGAAAGCUAACUCGGGCGGCGGUCUCAAGCACCUUCUUACGUACCCCAAGUUCCAGAAUGUCUUGAUUCUUUAUGGUCUCAACAAUGGUGUCAUGUUCUCUUGGGAGGCACUCUUCCCGCUCUUUGCCUUUACGGGCAAGAGCAUUGGUGGCCUCGGACUUUCGACCCAGCAAAUCGGUGUGGUCCUGUCGAUAUCGGCGGCAUUGUCAAUCGUCAUGACAAUCUUCAUGUUCCCCAUCCUCCACAAAUCGAUGAGCGAAGCCAAUCUUCUGCGUAUCUGCUUGUUCAUGUAUCCCUUGGCUGUGACCCUCUUUCCACUCCUGUGGGCACUCUCCCACCGCACCGGUUACAUGCCAAUGUCGGCGUGUACAAUUCUCGGCAUUCAGAUGAUCCUCCGUCGAGUCGGUGACUUUGCCUCCACACUCCUGGACACAAUCGUCCUCGAUUCUAUCCCAGGACCCGAGUACCUGGCAAUGGCGAACAGCGCAACCUUCAGCAUGGCAGCUAUUGGCCGCGCUAUCGGGCCGUUCAUUGUGUCGUCCUUCUUCUCACUUGCUACAACCUCUUCAUCUGCAAUGUCGGCCAAACGCCAACUCGUCUGGUUGGUCUUCUGCCUCGUGUCCGUGCCUAGCAUGUACUAUGGCGAGCGCGUCAUGGCCGACACCGCAUCCACUUCCGACGAGGAGCUGCAGCGACUUGAAGAGUGUACGUUUGAGGAGGAGUACGACGAGUGA